CGACAACCGCCACCCGCGGUCCACCGAUCGCGCGAUCGCUACCUUCCUUUGUUCGUAGAGUACUUGUCGCCCCCUCACCUCCGUCCACCCUAUCACCAUUAUCGCCCCCACCUAGCUACAUCGUUCUCGGACUGAACGCUCGUACGCACUUGCGCCGACCAGUCAUUCUCGAAUUUUCAUCCGUUGUUUGUAUAUCUCAUUGCGUUGUGUACGUCCGCAUCGCAUUGUUUUAUUAUUAUUAUUGUUUUCACCGUUUUCACCGUUCGAGACGGUAAGGCGACGUUUGUAUCUACACACGCACGCGGACGCAUAACAUUUAAUACUAUAUAUUAUAGUGUAUGUACAUUACAUGUACACAUAGAUAUAUAUUACAAUAUCAUAGUAUAAAUAUUAAACUAGCGCGCGUCCGUCGAUACCGUUCAUCGUCGUCGUUGCGAUCUUCGUUCGCGUUCCGGAGUACUGCUGCGUUGACGUCGUCCGCGCACUACUGUACUACGGUCUUGUUUCAUUCGUAAUACACAGGAAGAGAAAAGAAACCGUAAAACUCGCGUAACACAUUUCAUUCGCAAUCGACCGGUGCAUUUCGUGCGCACUAGUGCAUUUUUUGCUUCGCCGUCGACGACAUCGACACCGUCCCUAUCGACCAGACGCCGUGUUCCCAACGGACACCACGUACCGCUGCUCGUCUAGCGACCCGAACGAAGCCUUCGUAGAUCGCCACGUAUUCAACCAGGUCCACGGCGUGUCGCUACCAAAGACAGACGCGUCAUACAGGUGGUUUUUGCUCAUUAAGUAUUAUUUAAUGCAAAUCGCAAACAUGUACAAACCAAUUCGUCCAAGAAGAAACAGUUUACCAACCAACGUACAUAGAAGUAAAACAAAAACUUUACCUAAAUCAGAGUACAAUUUACCUAAAAAUUCUAAAAUGAUUCAUGAGUCAAAAAGAUCUGUAUCAAAAACGCCUACUUGCGUUAAACAGCUUAACUAUAAUGAAUCACCUACCAAAAAUGUUAGGACUUUUAUGGACCAUAGUUUAUCUGAUGGCGAUGAUAUUUCAGAUGAUAGAACUAAAUUUCACAAAUCGACAAAAAAGAAUCAAGUUAUAAAAGAUAAAAGAACAGAAUUACGCUCAAAACCUAUUGACACUCCAUCUAAAUGUCUACCAGAAGUGCCAUUAAAUCAUACUCCACCUUCAUAUGAAUCUCCUCAAAAAUAUGGUCCACACAAGAAAUUUAAAGAAGAUGAUAUUCAGCAGAUUGUUAUUGAAAAGUAUGCCCUGUUCAAGCAACUAAUGGGAAUUGAUGAACGAUGUGGCUCACCUAAUGGUGAUAACUUCUAUGCUGGAGCUAAAUUUAGCAAUUGCCCAUCUCCUGGAGAUUUACCAUUGCCACCAAUGCAGUGGCUUAACUCAUGUCAAGCGCAAGCAAAAACAAUGCAAAAAUCACAUCUUAUCUUCAACAUCACUAUCUAGACAGUCUUUGAAAUUUAAAUUUUGACAAUUAUUUUUUUUUUCGUUACAUUUUACAUUAUACCUGUUAUUUUUGUCACUCAACGUAUAUCUCCCCAUCUAUAAAAAAUUUAAAUGAUUGAAUGUAUGAAUGUAUUUUCUACCUAGA